AUGCCGUGGUGGAAGCAAUUUAUCGGGCUGCUCAAACACGAACAAGAGGCGAAACAAGAUAUAUCAAAGCAGACGUCAAGUGUGGGUUGGAUGGUGCAACUCCAUGGGCUCACAGAUUCACGCCCUCGUUUCAUCCUCGAUGGCAAGUUUCUCCAGCAGCAAUCGGUCUUACCGGGGCCCUUGGCGGACGGCCAUUUGAUACAGCAAAAGUAA